GUUUGUAGACUUUCUAAGUGGCAAAUCUUGGUUGGUUCACUCCACACAUAAACAGCGCUAUUUUCCUUUUAUCACUACCAACAACAAUUUUCUCCUUCAUCAUUCGAUUUGAUUUUGAUUUUGAAUUUCGAAAAUUCUCCUCUCAUCAUUCCCCAAAUCUAUCUGAAGUUGUUCUACACUUUAUCAAUUUUUCACUUAAUUAAUCAAUUGCGAAUUGUUAGGGUUUUGCUGAUAUUAUUUUUUUCCUCUUUAAUUCGAUUUUUCUAAAGUCUAAAGAGUACUAGAUCGCGAACUUAAGCGAUUUAGUACUCCAGAAAGCGCCGGAAAUCUUGAAUUGAUGAAUGCGAUUCGUUUCAUGUUCAAUAUUGCUGCUAAACUAAUAUGAAUAACAAGAUGAGUACUUCACAUCGCAGUGGAGCUUUGAAACGAUCAAAUGAUAGCGCCAGAAUUGUUAUGACUACUAUUCUAGGGAUUGUUUUUGGAUUUUUCAUUGGAGUAUCUUUUCCGACGUUCUCUGAUAAGAUUAAAUCAUCCUCAAGAUUUGUAUCGGUUUUCGAUGGAAGUUUAGAGCGCAAAGAUUCCCGUAAGCCUCAUGAGGAUCUUAGUUCACCAACAAUCCCUAAGAUAUAUGUACCUACUAAUCCUCGUGGUGCUGAGAUGUUACCACCAGGAAUCGUAGUCGCAGAAUCUGACUUUUAUCUCCGAAGACUGUGGGGUGAACCCAAUGAGGAUCUGAAAAAGAAGCCGAAAUACUUGGUGACUUUUACUGUUGGAUUUGAUCAGAAAGACAACAUUAACGCAGCUGUAAAGAAGUUUUCUGAGGAUUUCCAAAUUUUACUUUUCCAUUAUGAUGGUCGGAUUUCUGAAUGGGAUCAGUUUGAAUGGUCAAAACAAGCUAUCCAUAUCGGUGCUAGGAAGCAAACAAAAUGGUGGUAUGCAAAACGAUUUUUGCACCCUGAUGUUGUUGCUGCUUAUGAUUACAUCUUUAUCUGGGAUGAAGAUCUCGGUGUGGAACAUUUCAACGCAGAGAAGUAUAUCCAUUUGGUGCGGAAAUAUGGCCUGGAGAUUUCUCAGCCUGGUCUUGAACCUAAUAAUGGUUUGACAUGGGAGAUGACUAAAAGGAGAGGAGAUAGAGAAGUACACAAGGAAACGGAGGAGAAACCAGGCUGGUGUUCUGACCCACACUUGCCUCCUUGUGCUGCAUUUGUGGAAAUUAUGGCCCCUGUCUUUUCACGGGAUGCUUGGCACUGUGUAUGGCAUAUGAUUCAGAAUGACUUGGUGCAUGGGUGGGGACUAGAUUUUGCUCUGAGAAGAUGUGUUGAACCUGCACAUGAAAAAAUUGGUGUUGUAGAUCAACAAUGGAUAAUUCAUAAAGUGAUUCCAUCUCUUGGAAAUCAGGGCCAGGCUGAGAAUGGACAGGCUCCAUGGAAAGGGGUCCGAGAGAGAUGCAGGAAAGAGUGGUCUCAGUUCCAAAAUCGACUUGCAACAGCUGACAAGGAAUACCUAGCACAACUCGGGAAGGGUCAAUGAAUAUUCAAUUGAGGGCGGCGGCCUAAUGCUGAUUACCACUAUCCUCCUAUACAGCAGUGGCAUCUUGUUGGAGGUAUACUCGAGUUCUUACUCAAGACAUGCUUCAGGCGUGUUAAUGGGUAUUCUCUUGCCCUAUAAUGAUAAUUUAGGGGAAAACGCUGCACAUUGUGCAUAGGACUAGGUCAUCUGCGCGUUUUCUUUCUUCCGUCUACUAACUUGCUUCCAGUAUUGCUGUUAUAUAGGAUUACGCCAGUUAUUACUUUAAGUGAAGCAGAUAUAUAUAUAGUAGUAUAAUCUAGAAGCCCAUCCUUGUAUCAAGUAGUUGUACAAAUUUUGAACUAUUUGGAAGACGUGUGAAUCUCUCCUAUCUAUUUCUUGA